AUGGAUGAAAAAAAUAACAAAUUAUUUGAGUGCGAUAUAUUAAUCUGUGGAACAAGUUUACUGAAUACUUUAUUGUCUGUAUAUUUUUCUAUUAAAAACUAUAAUGUAAUAAAUAUUGAUAAAAAUAAUUAUUAUGGUGAUUACAAUGGUUCAUUAAAUUUCUGUCAGUUUCAAAAUGAACAUAAUGAAUUGGAAAAUUUUUAUUACGAAUUUUUACCUUUUUCCAAUUUGACUCAAAUAAAAAAAAAAGAAUUACAAGAUAUUGUUCAAAAUUAUAUGAAAAUUAAUAACAAUAAAUUUAAUAUAGAUAUAAAUCCUAAAAUUAUAUAUAAUGAAAGUAAUAUUGUUAAUCUUUUAGUGAGUUUAAAUGCUCAUACAUAUAUUAGUUUUUUAGGUAUACAAUACUUUUAUUUAACCUAUAAAAAAUUUAAUGAACAACAACAUCACGAAAAUUCCAAUAGUGUAAAUAAGGAUCAUACACAAAAUAUACAAAAUGAAGAAAAGAAAAUAACAAAUGAUUCAUCCUCUACCAUACUCAGUAAUAAUAUAAUAAACCAAAACAAUAAUAAUGAUGAUUUAAUUUUCGUAAAAGUACCUUUAAAUAAAUCUCAAGUGUUUUUAGAUAACAACUUAAAUUUGAAUGAAAAAAGAAUGAUUAUGAACUUUAUAUAUAAAAAUAUUGUCUAUGAUAAAAAUUAUACAUUUUCCAAUUUUUCGAAUUAUGCUUUUAUGAAAAAAGGCCCUAAUCAAUCCUUAGCCGAGGAUAGUCAAAAAGUAAAAGGUUCCUUGAGAGAAAUAAAAGAAAGAGGAACACAACAACAAAAUAAUAAUGGUAAUAAUAAUAAUGAUGAUAAUAAUGAUAAUAAAUAUGAUAAUGAUGAUAAUAAUGAUAAUAAAUAUGAUAAUAAUUAUAAUAAAUAUGAUAAUAAUAAUAAUAAUAAUAUCAAUAUCAAUUAUAAUAAUAUCAAUAAUAAUAAUAUCAAUAAAAAUAAUUUUACUAUACCUCCUCAUGAUGACGAAAAUGUUAACAUAAUAAAUUAUUUAAAUACAUUUAAUAUUACAGACAAAAUUUCCGACUAUAUUAUAUACGGUAUAGGUCUAUUUGAUCUUGACCUAGGAUACUGUAAACAUGUUCAUAAUAUACCUGAAUAUUAUUUAAGCGGUUUUUCAAAAGAAACAAAAUAUGUCUUAAAUAAAAAUGAAUUCUUAAAACGUCUACACAUUUUAGUAAACUCAUUAAAUAAAUUUAAACUACAAAAUCUAUUCGAAAAUGCAUUUAUAUAUCCAUCUUAUGGAUUAAACGAUAUUAUAUAUGCCCUAUCUCGAGUAGCUUGUUUAAAUGAUUCCAUAUAUAUGAUAAAUAGAAAAAUUAAACACAUAACAUACUCGAAUUAUAACUAUACAAAAGAAAACGAAUGCCACAAAUAUGAUAAUGUUCAAAUUUAUAAUACAUCCAAUGUAAAAAUAAAUGAAGUUAUAUUAGAUAACGGAUUUAUAAUUAAACCUAAAUUUGUUAUAUCAACUGGAUCAAAUAUAAAUUUUAAAGAAAUGAAAAAAUACGUUUUUAAAAAUGAAUGUGACCAAAAUAAUAAUAUACAUAUAAAAACAAGCAGAUUAGUAGUCUUAAGUACUUAUUCAUUCCUUGGACAAAAUGGCUUAGCUUUUUAUAUACAUAAACAACCAAAAUUAAAACAUCAAGUAAAAAAAAAUUUAAAUAAUUCUUAUUGUACCAUUCACAUUUUGCAGCUAGAUUAUAGUAGUGGGUCAUGUCCCCUUGGGUUUUACUUAACCUAUUUUACAUAUCUAGAGAUAGAAACAGAAAAUGAGCUGAAUAAACAAAAAAAAAAAUAUAAUAAUGAAAAUAAUUAUAACAAUAUUCAGAGUAGUGGUAACGUUUCUUUUAAUUCUGUUCCAGAAUAUAAUAAUAAUGUACAUUUUUUUUGUAAUAAUAAUACAUAUCCAAAUGAUGACAAACCAUUAAAUUAUUUAUUACUAUUGGAUGUCUUAAAAUUAUUUAUUCAAAAACAACAAAAUGAUAAAUACAGUAAUAAUGACAAUUGUUCUUUUUAUGACAAAAAUGUUUUUAAUGAACAACUGCUCAAACAAAUUAGACAUUUUUUUAGUACAUCAGAAUUUAAUAAUAUGAGCCAGUUAUCUGAUAUCAACAAUAAAAUAAAUACAAAUAAAGACCACGAAAAUGAUGAAAUAAUAAAUAAAAGAGAAGACCAAUAUGAAUAUGAUAAAAAUGAAGAUGAAAUAAAUAAUAUAUUAAAAGAAAAUAAGGAAGGAAGUGUGGAAGAAAAUAUGGAAGGAAAUAUGGAAGGAAAUAUGGAAGGAAAUAUGGAAGAAAAUAUGGAAGAAAAUAUGGAAGAAAAUAAGGAAGGAAGUGUGGAAGAAAAUAAGGAAGAAAAUAAACCAAAUGAUGAAUAUUUUAUGAAACAAUUCAAUCAGUUACUAAAAAAUGAAGGUAUUAUUUAUAUAGCAUAUUAUGAAUAUGAACCAACUGUAUAUAGAAAGGAUACUAUACAAUUAAUUAAUGAAAAUUUAGAUAUAUAUAAUAACAUAUUUGAAAAUAUAGAAAAGGAAAAUCUAAAUACCCAAGGAAAUGAGAUAAAAAAACAUAAUAAUCAUAAUGAUAAUCAAACUAUCUCUUGUAAAGAAAAUAACAUUAAUAAUAAAAAAGAUGAAUUUAAUAAAACCAAGAAUUGUUCAAACCAUUGUGAAAAAAAAAACAUUCUUGAAUUAAAGGAAAAUCAAAAUAUUAUAAACCUACUUUUUACAAAUGAUGUACACAAUUAUCCUAUUUAUCCAUUAAUUGAAGAUAUUUCCACUUUCUUUUACAUAAUUAGUAAAUUUAAUCAACAAGUAUAUAAUUGUAAAAAUCAAACUAUAUAUGAUACCUUAUAUGAUUUUAAAACAAUUUUUAACUAUCAAAAUGUAUAG